AUGUUGACGAAGUUUGAGACAAAGAGUAAUAGAGUGAAGGGAUUGAGUUUCCACAGUAAGCGGCCAUGGAUUUUGGCGAGUCUUCACAGCGGUGUGAUCCAGCUCUGGGAUUACCGAAUGGGCACUCUAAUUGAUCGCUUUGACGAGCAUGAUGGUCCUGUUCGAGGCGUCCAUUUUCACAAAUCUCAGCCACUCUUUGUCUCCGGAGGAGAUGAUUAUAAGAUUAAGGUUUGGAAUUACAAGCUGCACAGGUGUUUGUUUACACUUCUUGGACAUCUUGAUUAUAUCCGAACCGUUCAAUUUCACCACGAGUAUCCCUGGAUCGUUAGUGCAUGUGAUGAUCAAACUAUCCGGGUAUGGAAUUGGCAAUCACGCACUUGCAUUUCUGUCUUAACGGGACACAACCAUUAUGUGAUGUGUGCCUCUUUUCAUCCCAAAGAAGACUUGGUUGUUUCAGCAUCUUUGGAUCAAACUGUUCGAGUUUGGGAUAUUGGUGCAUUGAGGAAGAAAACUGUUUCUCCGGCUGAUGACAUCCUGCGAUUGAGUCUGAACCCGCUACUCCCCUGGAAUUGUAAAAUGUUGACGAAGUUUGAGACGAAGAGUAAUAGAGUUAAGGGAUUGAGUUUCCACAGUAAGAGGCCAUGGAUUUUGGCGAGUCUUCACAGCGGCGUAAUCCAGCUCUGGGACUACCGAAUGGGCACUCUUAUUGAUCGCUUUGACGAGCAUGAUGGUCCUGUUCGCGGCGUUCAUUUUCACAAAUCCCAGCCACUCUUUGUCUCUGGAGGAGAUGAUUAUAAGAUCAAGGUUUGGAAUUACAAGCUACACAGGUGCUUGUUUACACUUCUUGGACAUCUUGAUUAUAUCCGAACCGUUCAAUUUCACCAUGAGUAUCCCUGGAUCGUUAGUGCGAGUGAUGAUCAAACAAUCCGGAUAUGGAAUUGGCAAUCACGCACUUGCAUUUCUGUCUUAACGGGACACAACCAUUAUGUGAUGUGUGCCACAUUUCAUCCCAAAGAAGACUUGGUUGUUUCAGCAUCUUUGGAUCAAACUGUUCGAGUUUGGGACAUUGGAGCAUUGAGGAAGAAAACUGUUUCACCAGCUGAUGACAUCCUGCGAUUGAGUCAGAUGAACUCUGAUUUCUUUGGUGGUGUAGAUGCUGUUGUGAAGUAUGUCUUGGAAGGCCAUGAUCGUGGGGUUAACUGGGCUUCAUUCCAUCCCACUCUCCCUUUGAUUGUCUCUGGAGCAGAUGAUCGCCAAGUGAAAAUUUGGCGCAUGAAUGAUACAAAGGCUUGGGAGGUGGACACAUUGAGAGGGCACAUGAACAAUGUAUCAUGCGUUCUGUUCCAUGCAAAACAGGACAUCAUUGUUUCCAAUUCAGAAGAUAAGAGCAUUCGGGUUUGGGAUGCUACCAAAAGGACUGGUCUGCAAACUUUCCGCAGGGAACAUGACAGGUUCUGGAUCCUUUCAGCUCAUCCUGAGAUGAGCCUUCUAGCUGCUGGUCACGACAGUGGCAUGAUUGUCUUCAAGUUAGAGAGAGAGCGUCCUGCUUUUUCCCUGAGUGCUGAUUCUCUAUUCUAUGUGAAAGAUCGAUUUCUGCGUGUUUACGAGUAUUCGACUCAGAAAGACACGCAAUUGAUACCAAUUCGUCGACCUGGUUCUAACAGUUUGAAUCAAGGGCCUCGAACUCUUUCUUAUAGUCCUACUGAGAAUGCUGUUUUAGUCUGCUCGGAUAUGGAUGGAGGGUCAUAUGAGCUCUACAUUAUACCUAAAGACAGCUAUGGCAGAGGCGAUACAGUCCAAGAGGCAAAAAGAGGUAUGGGGGGAUCAGCGGUGUUUGUGGCUCGAAAUAGAUUUGCAGUGCUAGAGAAAAGCAGUAACCAAGUGUUGGUCAAGAAUUUGAAAAACGAAAUCGUCAAGAAGAGUGUUUUGCCAAUUGCUACCGAUGCAAUAUUCUACGCUGGGACUGGAAACUUGCUGUGCAGGGCAGACGACAGGGUUGUUAUCUUUGACCUCCAACAAAGGAUCCUUCUUGGGGAUCUCCUGACUCCUUUCGUUAGGUAUGUCGUUUGGUCUCAGGACAUGGAGAGUGUUGCUUUAUUGAGCAAACAUUCUAUCAUCAUUGCUGAUAAGAAGCUUGUGCACCGCUGCACUCUUCACGAGACCAUUCGUGUCAAGAGUGGAGCAUGGGACGAUAAUGGUGUCUUCAUCUAUACUACCCUGACUCACAUCAAGUACUGCCUCCCUAAUGGGGACAGUGGAAUUAUCAAAACUCUGGAAGUCCCAGUGUACAUCACUAAAAUAUAUGGCAAUACUAUCUUUUGCUUGGAUCGAGAUGGGAAAAACCGUCCUAUCAUUAUUGAUUCGACUGAAUAUGUUUUCAAGUUAUCUCUGUUGAGGAAGAGAUACGACCAGGUUAUGAGCAUGAUUAGAAAUUCAGAACUCUGUGGACAGGCCAUGAUUGCAUAUCUGCAGCAAAAGGGCUUUCCACAAGUUGCUCUUUAUUUUGUGAAGGACGAAAGGACUCGCUUCAACUUAGCACUUGAAAGUGGGAACAUCGAGAAAGCUGUUGAAUCGGCUAAGAAGAUUGAUGAGAAAGAUUACUGGUACCGGCUAGGUGUGGAGGCCCUUCGUCAGGGAAAUACUGGGAUUGUUGAAUAUGCAUACCAGAGAACGAAGAAUUUUGAGAGGCUAUCAUUCCAUUAUCUAAUUACUGGUAAUGUGGACAAAUUGUCCAAAAUGAUGAAAAUUGCCGAGGUGAAGAAUGAUGUUAUGGGCCAGUUCCAUGACGCAUUGUACCUUGGUGAUGUCCAAGAGCGUGUCAAGAUUCUGGAGAAUGCAGGCCAUCUGCCCCUUGCGUAUAUCACUGCCUCAGUCCAUGGGCUCCAUGAUAUUGCUAAUCGAUUAGCUGUGGAACUAGGGGAUAAUCUUCCAUCUUUGCCUGAGGGGAAGAAAGCUUCUCUUUUGAUGCCCCCAAGUCCUGUUUUGUGUGCUGGAGAUUGGCCUUUAUUAAUGGUCAGUAAAGGGAUAUUUGAGGGUGGUCUUGAUGAUGCAGGCAGAAGUGAAGAGGAGAAUUAUGAAGAGGCUGCAGAUGCUGACUGGGGCGAGGCUUUGGAUAUUGGUGAAGUGGAAAACAUGCAAAAUGGAGACGUUAGUAUGGUGGUGGAGGAAGAGGAUGUGCAUGAAGAAACUGAGGGAGGAUGGGAUCUUGAGGAUCUGGAUCUUCCUCCAGAUACUGACACGCCAAGGACGGCUCCAAAUGCGCGUUCUUCUGUAUUUAUUGCUCCAAACCCUGGCAUGCCUGUAAGCCAGAUUUGGGUCCAAAAAUCAUCUCUUGCUGCUGAACAUGCAGCUGCUGGAAACUUUGAUACAGCAAUGCGUUUAUUGAAUCGUCAACUAGGGAUAAAGAAUUUCUCUCCAUUGAGAUCACUGUUCAUGGAUCUUCACAUGGGCAGUCACACUUAUUUACGUGCCCUGUCUCUGGUGCCAGUGAUUUCUGUAGCAGUCGAGAGGGGUUGGAGCGAGUCAGCAAGUCCAAAUGUGCGGGGUCCACCUGCACUUGUGUUCAAUUUCUCUCAGUUGGAAGACAAGCUUUCGGCUGGUUACAAGGCGACAACUGCCGGAAAAUUUUCUGAAGCCCUUCGGCAUUUUAGGGCUAUUCUUCAAACGAUUCCGCUUAUUGUUGUCGAGUCACGAAGAGAGGUGGAUGAAAUUAAAGAGUUGAUUAUCAUUGUAAAGGAGUAUGUUCUGGGUUUGCAGAUGGAACUCAAGAGGAAGGAAUUGACUGACGAUGCAGUUCGUCAGCAGGAAUUGGCUGCUUAUUUUACCCACUGCAAGCUCCAACUUCCUCACCGGAGACUAGCACUGUUGAAUGCCAUGACUGUUUGCUAUAAAGCACAAAACCUGAGCACUGCAGCCCAUUUUGCCAGGGAACUUCUGGAGACCAAUCCAGCUGCCGAAACCCAAGCCAAGAAAGCCCGUCAAGUUCUGCAGGCGGCCGAGAGGAAUAUGAGAGAUGUUACACCACUGAAUUACGACUUCAGAAAUCCUUUUGUGGUGUGUGGGUCCACGUACACCCCAAUAUACCGGGGACAGAAGGAUGUUACUUGCCCUUACUGCAGUACACAUUUUGUUCCAUCGCAGCAGGGAGAGCUUUGUACAGUUUGUGACCUUGCAGUGGUUGGAGCUGAUGCAUCUGGUUUACUCUCUUCGCCAUCGCAGAUCAGAUGA